GUUUUAUAUAUCAAAAUUUUAUUUAAUCAUCAGAAAUUAAUAUUUUGUCAUCAGAUUUUCGUAAAUUAAAAGUGUUGGUUUUUAAGCUUUUCUAUUUUACUUAAGAAAAUCGCAAUGGACAGCGAUAAUAACAAAUCAGGAAUGGAGAGUGCGAUAUCUGCAGUCUUUUUGGAGAAUGUGGAUGAAAAGGAGCAGGUCCGUCGGUACAGCCUUCAAAGCCUUCGUGAUCGAUUGCGUCAGGGCAUCCAGAAGCACCAGGAGGUCGUCCAGUCGACGAUGCAGCUGCUCAAGGAGGUGGGCGACGUGGUUAACAUGAUGCAGUUAAGUGGGAGUGGCCACCAAGGCCAGCCCACCAAAAUCCGGCGCUUGAUCGUUGGUUUCGAGGCCAUCAACUCGGCGAACGCUUCGCAGAUUCAUUCUGUGGAGGGUAUAAGUUUGUACUCAAAUCUGACCGAGAUUCAUGGUCUAUUAGUGGAAUUCGAGCACCUCAAUGAGAGUGCAGUUUUGGGGGAGACCCAAGUAAAAUUCAAGCGUGCCCGGGAAUCGCUGGAGAAGGCGCUCGACUUUCUGGAGAACAAAAGCAGCGAUUCUCCUCGGCCUUUCCCGCAAGUCAGCCAGUUAACCGGGUGUCCUAGUGCCAGUCGCAGUCUCCGCGAGAAAAUUGAGGCCUUCAACAAGGUCUUGGAGGGAACUCCCGAAAAGUUGGACAACACCGGCCGCCACUUCACCGAUUGUUUCUGCAGCUGCUGCAGUUUGGCCGAGUCCCCCGAAUCUGGAGGACACAAACCCAUUCCCUCCGCCUCUAAAACCAAUUCGGGAUACGAGGGCGACAUCGACAGCGAGGUGGAGCAGGCGGAUAAAUCAAGCAAUGAUUUUGAAAUGACUGUUCCGUAAAAGAUCAAAAUUGGGGAUCAAAGUUUUAAUCCUUUGAGAGUAUGAAUUUGAAUAGCUACCAUAAGAUUCCAAUUAUUCUACAUUUUAUGGAUUUAAAGGACGAUUAAGAAAAAACGUCCCUGAUAAACCCAUAAAUGAUAAUUUGGUAUAAGAAUGGUGUAAAUUAAAGCCAAAUACUAAACCUUCAUAA